AUCGGGCUCGUCCUGGAGCUUGGAUAAAGAGCCGGGAGCAGCCAGGGCACAGUGGGAGGGGGUCGCGCUCAGGGUGGGGCAGGCAGAGACCAGCGGGGCUUUUUUGGGGGGCUCCGCUGUGUCCCGCCAUGGCCUUGAGCCAGCUGAAAUUCAAGGAGCUGGGCGAGGAGGAGCCCGCCUGGGAGGAGGAGACCCUGGAGAGCCUGAAGGCGCUGACGGCCAAGCUGAAGCUGCAGACGCGCAGACCCUCGUACCUGGAGUGGGAGGCGCGGGUGAGGGGGCAGCGCUGGGGCGGCCCCGGGGGCACCGGCGGGGCACAGCCGGGCCGGGGGCACCCCCAGGAGCAGCGGGACGGCGGCGUUUGUGGCUUUGCCACCCUGGAGGCGGCUCUGGAGUGGCUCAGGACGGAGCUGCGGGCCAUGCAGGCUCUGGACCAGCUCCUGGCGCAGCAGCUGCUGCGGCUGCGGGCGCGGCUGCACCGCCUCAAGGUGGAGCAGGCCUGCCACCGGCACAAGGAGAUGCUGGACGACGCCGCCUUCGGCCUCGAGGGCUGCGAGGAAGACUCGGAUCUGCUCUGCACCAUCCCCGCCAGGGCCGCCUUCCUGCUCUCCACGCCGCUCAAGCACAUCGGCGUCACCCGCAUGAACAUCAACUCGCGGCGCUUCUCGCUCUGCUGAGCCGCCCCCGCGGGCGCCCCGGGGCUUUUCGGGGCUCAGAGGAGCCCCCCAGACCCCUCCGGGCUCGGGGUGGCUCCAGGGGAUGUCGCUGUCACCACCUCCCCGGGAUCCCCGGGGCUUUUCAGGGCUCAGGGGAGCCCCCCAGACCCCUCCGGGCUCGGGGUGGCUCCAGGGGAUGUCGCUGUCACCACCCCCGCGGGGCGCUCCGGGGCCCGGCCCUGGGGCUG